UUCAUCUGAAAAUCCGACACCUCAACAGCUCUUUUCUCCCGCACCUUCUUCACCUAUCACCUCGUUCGAUUAUCGUGACUCUGUAACACCGGAUGAAUUAGAUAUUCCUGAGUUCAAACAAUACAAUAAAGAAAAGUAUGAGAGUGCAAAGUCGGGCAAUC